UAUAUACUCCCCAGAAUCUUUCCUUCCAUUAUUCAUCACCUUCCUAUUCACAGUUCACACACAGAAACUCCAUGGCCAAGAAAGAGAUGGAAGUUGUAAAGGGCGUUGAUCUACAAAGAUACAUGGGCCGAUGGUACGAAAUUGCUUCAUUUCCAUCAAGAAAUCAGCCUAAAAACGGAACCGAUACUAGGGCUACAUACACACUGAAAGAAGAUGGCACUGUUCAUGUUCUAAACGAGACUUGGAGUGAUGGAAAGAGAGGAUUCAUUGAAGGCACUGCUUAUAAAGCUGAUCCCAAUAGCGAUGAAGCGAAAUUGAAGGUGAAAUUCUACCUUCCGCCAUUUUUGCCCAUCAUACCUGUUACGGGUGAUUACUGGGUGUUGUUUCUAGAUGAUGAUUAUCAGUAUGCCUUGAUUGGUCAGCCUUCGAAGAAGUCUCUCUGGAUAUUGUGCAGAGAAAACCAUCUGGAUGAUGAGAUAUACGAGCAGCUGAUUGAGAAGGCGAAGGGAGAAGGGUAUGAUGUGAGCAAUCUGAAGAAGACGACACACACAGACCCACCGCCGGAGACUGAAGGCGCUCCGGCUGACACCAAGGGCGUAUGGUGGUUGAAAUCAAUAUUCGGGAAAUAAGAGACGGUCGAUAUCGUGGUUUACUGAAUUUUAAUGUUGGUUAUGUAUAUUUAGUUCAUGUAGUAAUGAAUAUGUUGUAUUCGUUUUUGUAUUUUUUCAUCAAAUCAUGUAUAAUUUUAAAAAUACAUAUCACAAAUCAUAUAUGGACAUGCAACACAAAGUCGUUAUUUUUUGCA